UAACCGCACACUUUCCUCUAGAUGCAGUUCACCUACAUCUUUGCGCGCUGUUUCCUCGUCUAGCUAUAUUUGCCCCUUACGUGUGGUUCAAGCAGGACGGUUGGAGACAGUGGAUAGUUCGGGUGCUGUUGGAACUUCGGGACUUGUACCGGCCGGCUAACGAGCUACGAUGGCGGGUGGCAAUAUCAAGGUGGUUGUGAGGGUGCGACCGUUUAAUAGUAGAGAGAAGGAUCGUGGCGCAAAAUGUAUUGUUCAAAUGAAAGACAGCCAGACGGUCCUGAUCCCACCCCCUGGAGCAGAGAAGAGCGCCGGAAGUAAAGCCGCAAAAGAUGGUGGCCCUAAAGUUUUCAAUUUCGACAGGAGUUAUUGGAGUUUUUCUAAGAGUGAUCCUAGUUACGCGGGCCAGGAGAAUCUGUUCGACGACCUCGGAAGACCAUUGCUAGAUAAUGCCUUCGAAGGUUAUAAUAAUUGCAUUUUUGCUUACGGCCAGACUGGGUCUGGGAAAUCGUACUCUAUGAUGGGCUACGGUGAGGAAUACGGUGUAAUUCCGAAAAUUUGCCAGCAUAUGUUUGAGCGGAUAACUACUCAACAAACGGAUCCAAAUCUGAAAUGCACCGUCGAAGUAUCCUAUCUAGAGAUUUACAAUGAACGAGUUCGCGAUCUCUUAAAUCCAAGUACGAAAGGCAAUCUCAAAGUUCGAGAACAUCCUUCAUUAGGCCCAUAUGUUGAAGACCUUGCGAAACUCGUAGUGAGCUCCUUCAGCGAGAUCGAGCAUCUCAUGGACGAGGGAAACAAAGCAAGAACCGUUGCUGCCACAAACAUGAAUGAGACAUCGUCACGUUCCCACGCUGUUUCCCGAAUCAGUCUUGUUGAUUUGGCUGGUUCUGAGAGAGCUACGUCUACUGGUGCCACUGGUGCGAGGCUAAAGGAGGGGGCUGAAAUCAACAGGUCCUUAUCCACACUGGGCCGUGUGAUUGCAGCUCUGGCAGACCUAUCCUCAGGAAAGAAGAAGAAUGCAAACAUGGUCCCUUAUCGGGACUCCGUCUUGACCUGGUUACUUAAAGAUUCUCUCGGUGGCAAUAGUAUGACAGCCAUGAUAGCAGCUAUUUCACCGGCCGAUAUCAAUUUCGAUGAAACUCUUUCUACCCUUAGAUAUGCCGACUCAGCCAAGAGAAUCAAGAAUCAUGCGGUCGUGAAUGAGGAUCCAAAUGCCAGAAUGAUCCGAGAGCUCAAGGAAGAGUUACAACAAUUGAGACAGAAACUAUCUGGUGGCGGUUCGAUGCCAGAAGAGAAUUAUGCCCCAGACACGCCGCUUGAAAAGCAAAUUUUGCUAGGCGAUUUGAAUCAAACCUGGGAAGAGAGGUUGGAAAAGACGCAACAAAUUCACAAGGAGCGUGAGGCAGCACUUGAGGAGCUGGGGAUUAGUAUAGAAAAAGGAUUUAUCGGGCUCUCGACCCCAAAGAAGAUUCCUCAUCUUGUCAAUCUCAGCGAUGACCCACUGUUGGCCGAAUGUCUAGUCUAUAAUAUCAAGUCAGGAACCACAUUAGUUGGAAACGUCGAAACCUCCACCACUGCUCAAAUUCGCCUGAAUGGUUCAAAGAUUCUAACCGACCACUGCCGAUUUGAAAAUGAAAAUGGUGUCGUGACAUUAAUCCCUGAUCAAAAAGCUGCUGUCAUGGUCAACGGGUUGAGGAUUGAUGGCCCCAGAAGAUUACGGACAGGUUAUCGCAUUAUCUUAGGCGACUUCCAUAUAUUCAGAUUCAACCAUCCGCAAGAGGCCCGCGCAGAGCGAGACAAACUAAGGCAAUCUGCAACAAUGAACUCUGACCACCCUGAGGAGAGAUUGAGGCUCAUAAAGGAUGAGAUGCAGGCCCAAUUAGGGAAACAGAAAGAAGAGUAUCAGCAAAAGCUCAAAGCUACCGAGGAAGCUCAUGUCGAGAUCGAGGAGAUCAAAGCUGAGAGAGUCAAAAUGCAGGAAAGGCUUGAAUUGGCUAAGAAGGAAAUGCAAGAGAAGUUGGAGUUACAACGAAAGGAGUAUGAAAGCCGACUCGAAGAGAUAUCACUUUCUCCCCCAAAGGCUAGAGAGUUUGAUGAUGGUCUAUCAGAUAUGGAAAAGAAGCUGGCCAGAUUCGCGUUUGACCAUUGGCGUAAGCGAAGAUAUGUACGGAUGGCAGAGUCGAUACUACAACACGCUGCGAUCUUGAAAGAGGCGCAGAUAAUGAGCAAUGAAAUGGAGAAGUCGGUGGUAUUCCAGUUCACAAUUGUGGACGAAGGCCACACGUUUCAGUCGAGUUACGAUUUAGUGCUGAACGGAGUAUCGGCUGAAGACGACGAGUUUCUUGACAUGGCACGAAAACCCUGUGUCGGUGUCCGUGUGAUGGAUUUUGAGACCAAUGCCGUUCACCUCUGGUCUUUGGAAAAACUACAGAACCGUGUGGGCCAGAUGAGGCAAAUUUAUCAAUACCUGGAUAGGCCGGAGUAUCUGCAGCACCUUCGCCCCAGAGACCCAUUCUCAGAGCCAACUCCCCAACAAUACUCUUUGAUUGGAGACGUUGAUGUUCCCUUGACGGCAAUAUUUGAGUCACGUCCUCAGGAUUUUGUACUUGACGUCAUAUCACCCCAUACGGCGAGUGUGGUUGGCAUCAUCAAACUCGCACUUGAACCUUCAUGGGCGGAAGCACCCUCGUCAACUCUCAAAUUCAACGUUGUGAUGCGAGAGCUACAAGGUUUUGCGGAACGGGAGGGAUCAUCGGUUCAUGCUCAAAUGUUCAUUCCCGGUAUAUCUGACGAGAGUGGUGCCACUACAACUGGUAUGAUAACGGAUUUUGACGAAGGGCCAGUGAAAUUUGGAAGUACACAUCCUAUGAGUAUGCCUCUCGGAGCCCCACUAAGAAAUACUACUCUUCGAGUGGCCAUAUUUGCAAAAAUCACAAGCAUGCAUCUCGAGAAACUUAUCAGUUGGGACGAUAUGCGAGACCCCAAACCCACAUCGCCUCAGAAAAAACGGGGUGCUCGACUGAACGAGACAGAGUUCUAUACCGAGGAGAAGCAUGACGUUUUUGCCCGCGUCCAAAUACUGGAGCUGUCAGAGUCUGGGGAUUAUCUUCCAGUUGAGGUUAUCCAACAAUCUGAAACUGAUCCUGGACUAUUCCAGUUACGCCAGGGACUGCAACGUAGGGUCCAACUUAGCCUUACGCAUAAUUCGGGAGAUGCUUUCCAAUGGAGCGAUAUCACGCAACUUCGAAUCACUUCAGUGCGGCUCCUUGACCCCCGGGGGAAAAUACCUGAUAUGUCAUCGCCAACCCGCGAAAUAAAACUCAACACAGUUCUAGGACCCGUGGUUAAGAAGAACUCCGAUGGUACUGGCACAAUCGGUGUUGUUGCUCAGUGGGAUUCCAGUCUCCAUAACUCCAUAUACCUGGAUCGAACCACGGCAGACAAGUACCGUGUCCAAAUGAAUCUCCGGUGGAAUGUAGUUUCCGACAAGUUAUCGGAGCCAAUCGCCUUCUCGCAGGACGUUUUUUCACAGGUGCAGCCCAGAGUACUUAAAAGCCCUAAUAAAUUCAUGCAGCUGUGGAAUAACAACAGAAUUACGCAUGCAAGUGUGGGACUCUUCCAAUUGGUUGUUCGGCCAGCUGCAGCUCGUAGGGCGGGCGACCUCUGGAGAAUGAAUACCAUGCACCGAUAUGUGAAGGGCGAAGAAUAUCUUGGCGAGUGGACACCUCGCGGUGUAAGUUUGGUGAGGGACUUCCUCAGGGCGAAGAGGAAAAGAAUCAGGGCCGCUGAAGUCGAGAACGCCAAAGGGUUCUUAAGCUCUUUACCAGUAACCAGAAAUGUGACACCAAAGCCCGGGGCGGGGGAGCUCCCAGCAGAAAUGUCUCGUGAGGGCACCAGGGAGAUCACGCCGCAGGAAAGUUCUUCUGGUGAAGCCAUGGAACUUAGCGAGGAAAGGGGCGAAGUCGGUGGGGAGCCUGAGUUAGCAGAUAAUACGAAGAUAAUUGAAACUAUUCAGGAAUAUCCCCCAACUAAAGACGUGCAGGAUGAGGAUGGGGCUCCAAAGGACCCGCCAGAUUGGGCUUCAGAAUACACACCAGCUGAGACUCCGGCAGGAAGUGCAGGAGGGAAUUCUGAGAGCAGCCCGAGAGAGAGCCGUCAGGGGAGUCCAAGGAGGAACUCAGCAGAAACACCGGAAAGGGCACUAUUGAGCGAGUCGAUUGCGAGCGAAAGCGCCGCCCCAAGAGGACAGGAUCCACAUGUACAUGUGCUACGGAGAUAUGUGGAUUUGUGGUCCUCAUGGAAAGACCCCAGCGAGAAUAUACUUGUCCGACAGAACACGGAACCUCCACAGGAUGCAGCUUGCUUUGCUGAGCCAACAGAAGCUGACCCUCCGCGAUUGAUUGCCGAGGUCCGGCAGAUUCCCAAAAGUACCUCAGUGUUGAAGUCGGGUUAUCUGUUUGUGCCAGAUGAAUCCAAUAAGGCAUGGAUCAAGAGGUACUUUGAACUGCGACGGCCCUAUCUGCAUGUUCACUCGAUCACAGACGGAGAAGAAAUCACAGCCAUCAAUCUCACCCACUGCCACAUCGACCAUAACCCUCACGUUCGAAAACUCCUAAGAAGACAGAACAAUAAUAUAUUUGCUCUGUACACACCGCUCAAUACCUAUCUCUUCGGGGCGAAGAGCGAACGAGAGAUGAUCGAAUGGAUAUUAAAGAUAGACCAAUCUCAUUUUGACACCAACACUAGUCGGAGCAACACGCCUGCCGACGAAUAGAGAAGAGCACCCUUGGGUUAGCGUUAAUGAAUGCCGUCCUAUAUCGUGAAUCGUGGGGAAGGCGAUUGCAAGAUGAUACAGCAGAAAUGAGUGUUUGUGUUUGUCUUUUUCUUUUUCUUUUUUCCUCAAAAAGGGUGUUCAGGGCUUCUUCGUUUUUCUCCUUUCUUUCGCUUCUUCGAUCGAAGGCCGACUGUUCGUUUCUCAGUUUGUUUUUCGAUAAAGCUUUAGAGUUUGGCGUUUGAUUCUUUCCUUCCUCACCAGAGGGUUUUCUACGGGGAGGCGGGUGUGGGGCACUCAUCGUAGAGAUGAGAGGGAAGGUUUGGUAGGCGGAAAGGGAAUUAUGCUUAUGGGCUCUCUGGUCAGGCUUGCAGCAUCACGAUAAGUGACGAAAGCAGUGUUUUCUUUUCUGUUUUUUUUCCCUUUCUUUUCUUUUCCCCGUUUCUCUCCCUCUUCCACUUACACUUUAAAGGUCUCAUUAGAGUGAUCCUUCGUAAGACACUGCUUUUCGAUAGUGUCUGACGAAGAUGAUUACGAUGAUCACGAUGACAACCAUUACCCCCCUGAAGAUAUCCAUUACAGUAGUUGCACUGUACCCGAGUAUAGUAUAAUACUAUUCAAAGUUUAGCCCU